CAACCCCCCCUUCCUUGUCGUAAUCUACACCCGCCAAAAAAAAGGCUAUAAAAAGGCAGGUCGUUGACAGGAAGGUCCAUCCAUUACACGAGCUCCGUGCAGAACCAUCCAGAAUGUUGACUCUGCUUGGACUACUUGGACUACUUGGCCUAGUUGGCACUGCUGCUGCCACCGCCACCCCGGCCGUCACCGUCUCGUCAGGUCCGGUGGUUGGAACCAUCUCUCCUCCCAAUGUGCCCUCUGGGGAUCCAUAUGCCCAUGUCUGGUUGGGGAUUCCCUAUGCAAAGCCCCCUGUAGACGAAUUGCGUUGGAGACCCCCACAGGAGCCAGAAUCAUGGAAAGAACCACUCCUAGCACAGAAGCUGCCGAAUGCCUGCCACCAGCAAUUUAGUGGCGCAAAGCCAGGCCGUGACUUCCUCAAGGCUCUUAUUAACAAUCCUCCGCUAGAGGAAAACGAGGAUUGUUUAUAUUUGAAUGUAUACGCGCCUGCAGACGCGUCUUCUGAGAACAAAAAGGCUGUUAUGUUCUACAUUCAUGGCGUAAGUUGACCUUGGCCUGGAGGCUAUUCACAGUUGAGAGCAGUCUAUUAAUGCAGACAAGGGAAACCUUCAAACUGGCUCGGCCUCUGCUGCCAACUACAAUGGCAC